AUUUAGCCACGAUGUUAACGAUGUGAGAUAUAUGCUGUUAAACAGUUUUGGCUAUACUUGCAUAACACCCUUGUUUGUUAUAAUCGUUGUAAAUUUAAAAGCUUGUUCUUUCUUCUUUCAAGUCUUCUUCUUCUUCUCUCUUGUGCUCUCGAGGUAACCUUGAAAUGUUUUGUCUACACAACUGUAUUUGAAGUGGGCGUCGCCGUCGCUUGGGCAAGAGAAGCGGUUUUAUUGUAGGUUUUGUUUUCCCAUGUAGGUAUGAUAGACAGCUUGUCAGCUUUGCCACAAAGAGCUAUUGAUUAUACUUGGUUCAACUGUAUUUCGGGCGUGACAUUCAGGUUUAAAGCAGCACUCUCUUAGCUGGAUUCUCAUUCACCUUGGUGAUUUGGGAGAGAGCAGAUCGAACAACUAGGGCUGUAAAAUUGAUUAUCUUACUUAACGAAUACCAUCAUGAGUGUGAAAAAAGACAUGAAGAUCAAGCUGUGUAUGAGAGGCGCUGUAAACGGGCACAAGUUCGAGGUUACAGGAGAAGGAAAAGGCAAGCCUUACGAGGGAGAACACACCAUAAAACUUACAGUCAAAGAAGGUGGACCUCUUCCUUUCGCUUACGAUAUCUUGACGACAGCAUUCUCGUACGGCAACAGGGCAUUCACGAAAUACCCAGAAGACAUCCCAGACUAUUUCAAGCAGUCUUUCCCUGAUGGGUACUCCUGGGAACGGAGCAUGGUUUUCGAAGACGGGGGCAUUUGUACCGUCACAAGCGUAAUAUCGUUAGACAAAACAGAAAAAGACUGUUUUAACUACGACAUUCAAUUUUAUGGUGUAAAGUUUCCAGCCAGUGGUCCAGUUAUGAAGAAGGAGACGGUGUUAUGGGAGCCAUCCACUGAGACUAUGUAUGUACGUGAUGGAGUGCUAGUGGGGGAGGUUAGCAGGACUCUGUUGCUUGGAGGAGGCGGUCAUUACCGAUGUGACUUCCAAAGUACUUACAGAGCUAAGGGGGUUGUCCAGAACAUGCCAGAGAUUCACUAUGUGGAUCAUCGCAUUGAGAUAACAAGCCAUGACCGUGAUUACAACAACGCCACGGUUUAUGAGAUUGCCGAAGCUCACUAUUCUCCGCUGAAGAAGACUGAAGCCAAGUAAAGGCUUAAGAAGAAGCCAAGAAGACAUUUUUUUUUUUUCUUUUUUUAGUUGAAGAGCAUUUACUCAGAAUUAGUAUUUCAUGCUUGUGAUUCAAGGAUUUCAGGUUUUGGGAUUUGUUAGGUACUACAGAUGUAUUCCUAGAGUUAAAUUGCGGGGAAAAAAUGGUUGUCAUGUUUUUGUAGGAUUAAGGCAUGAGGAUAGACUUUUUAAACUCAGUUAUAGAAAAAAGAAAAGAAACCUAUGAUGGGAAUAAACGUGUUGUCAAAACCAGGUCUCAUGGAAUUUUCUUACCAUAGAGUAUUUUCUUGUAGGAGAGCAACCUUUGCGGUUUAUGAAGUUAGCAAUUCAUCUGUUUUCCUACUCUUUUUUUUCUGACUUUAAAACGAUAAAGUACAACAGUAAUGAUGGAGGAUUUUAAAACCGGAGUCAGUCACUCACUCGCUCACGAGUUCACUCCCGUCCUCCUUUCUAAAGCUUA